AUGCUUGAUUCCGUAUUUCAGGUCAUUGCACUCAUCAAUGCGAGGAAGCAAUACUGCUCAUGGCUGGCUGCCGCUUGUCCGAAUACCGACCCUCUGGGUGUCGCGUCGCGGAAGUAUCAUGCGAUCACGCUUGACAUGCUCGGAACCACAGUCCUGGAUGGUGCGUGUUACGGCGAAGCUAUGGACCACUUCACUACCGCUGUCAAGUCCACCGCUUUCUCAUCAAAUGUUAUGUCUCAAACAUGCGAGGACUUGGUCAUGGCAUUCCUUUCGGCAGGUGAAUCCGAUGAAAACCUUGAAGCAGACCAAUACGUGAUGAAUGCCGUUGACGAAACCGCGAAGUCUAGUUGCUUCGAUUGGUCGAACGCGCAUUCACAACCUAUUACCGCUACUGCCCCACCACACCAUGCGACGGCGCCCGUUGUCGAUGUUCCGUUCACGAAUGCUAAAGAGCGUAAUGCUGCUACGGGUGUUCCUGGCAAUGUCCCGGACAUCGUACCUGAUGAAUAUCUCGAUACUACUCAACCAGACCCUGAUAUGCAACGGCAACAACGCCAGCAAACAGUAGCAGUACAUAUAGACCCUGGCGAACAUGGAGGCGGGAAGUCCUGUGUCUGCUGCUAGCGCGUU